AUGCAAAGUAACAUUUCAUCAAUCGAAGCUCCCAGUACAAUGAGUGGAAAUACACUAAAUCGACCAGCUCAAGCUUCACAAUCAUUAUAUCCAUUAUGUCGAGAUCUUUUAGGAAGACUUUAUUGUGUGGAAGGAUUUGAACAGUAUUUAUUGCAAGGACAAAGCAUUGUGCCGAGUAACGGCUCAAUAGUUGGAACUCCGACAUCAGAAAAUGGCCCUAGUAGUUUAGUUCUUAAAUACGAUCCUGUAACUCUUCUAUGGCAGACUUUUCGGUUAGGUUAUCCUCUUUGUGCGCUUUUUAAUGCUUUGAAACCUCAAAAACCAUUAAAGAUUGAUGAUUCAAAACCUGGAAACACCAAUAAGUCUAAAGCUAGUGUAUAUAACUUUUUGGUUGCUUGUCGGGAAGAAUUUGAAUUAAAACCAGAACAAAUGUUUUCAAUCACACAAUUGUAUCAAGAUGAUACGAAUGGUCUUCUUAAUUUAUCUCGAAAGAAAGAUUUGGGAAGAUCAGAUCCCAUGAAACCCACUGAUAAUCGAGCCAGGGUAGUGCAUGAAUUACUAGAAACUGAAAGAAAAUAUGUUCAGGAUAUGGAAGAAUUAAUAAAAUUUACUGAUAAAGAGGAUAUACAUUAUGAGGAAAUUAAAUGCGGUCUCAACGCAAUCAAACGUGUUGCUGAUCGUGUAAAUGAAACUCGACGUCAACAAGAAAAUGCUGCCGUUGUUAAAGAUUUGGAACGCCGUGUAGAAGAUUGGAAAGGUCAUCGAAUUGAGCAAUUUGGUGAACUUUUACUUGAAGAUGUAUUUACUAUGUCUAAAGAUGAUUCUGAGCGCGAAUAUCAUGUAUAUUUAUUUGAGAAGAUUCUACUUUGUUGUAAAGAAACAAAUGCAAAAAAACAACAAAGUGAUAGUGAGAUGGAAUCUUUCUCUCUCAAAUGUCGAAAUGAGGAACAACUUAAACAAUGGAAAUCCACGUUAGAAAAAUUAUUAACAGAUUCAGGAAAUAAUAACAAUCGACAUACUUUGACGAAAGGACAAUUCGAUAAUAAUGCAACUACUCCCUCGAAACGCACCGGGCUAAAAAGUCAAUCAUUACCUUAUGGUCAAUUACCUUCUUCAUAUAAUGAGAAGGGUAGACCGAAAACCAAUGAUUCUGUAGCACCACCCCCUUAUGCUUGGGAUCCAAAUUCACCACCAAUACCACCCGUUAUGCCAAAUUCACAUUUGCAACAUCGAUCACAAUCAAGUUCAUCACUUCAAACUAUGGCACGUAAUGGACUUUCAACUGCACCUCCAACCAUGGCAACAUUCCCCUCAAAUGCAAUUAUGCAGAUGGAAAAUACGGGUUACUAUCCGAAUUCUCCACCACCAUCGUAUCCUGGUUCACCAGCUCCAUCUACUCGUAGUAGUGCGACAUCACAUUCUAGUACUAAUCAUAUGAGUAUAUGGCAACGUAGAAGUGUUGAACAUCCAUCACCUCUUGCAGGUACUAUUGCCAAAUUUAUGAUGAAUGAGGACGAAGAAAAUAAUAAUAUUCCACCACCACCAAUCCAACGUUCUCAUUCUCAUAGUGCAGCGGCAGGUCAAACAUUUCAGCAAACUAAUGGACCUGUACCAAAU